UCAGGCAACAAACACAUCUCGUCCAAUCAGAGCAUGCCGGUGAAUGACAUCGGACAGCUUCGUUUCCCCAACCGCUGAAUCCCCCCAAGCUAUUCCUCUAGGUUUCUCUCACCACUAUCAAACCACCACCUACUCGUCCAUUGUCACGAUGGAGGUGGCACUCAGACAGCCUGCGCGACUGCUCCAACCCCCCUCAAACCGUCUGCUCCGGCAACCGCAGAGCCUCCGCCUUUACACCACCCUCAAUCGCACCCCACGACCACGCCAUGUUUCUACGACCUCACAAAGAACCGCCCCAGAAUCCCUCUUCAGUCUAGGAUCCGGUUCGGCCGGUCACGGCGGGGUCCCGACCACCUACUUCGCCAACCGCAACUCUCUCCCCGCCAACACCGUCAUCCGCUUCGUGCCCCAGCAGACAGCAUGGAUUGUCGAGCGGAUGGGCAAGUUUCAUCGGAUUCUGGAGCCUGGGUUGGCGGUGCUUAUUCCAUUCUUGGAUCGCAUCUCGUAUGUUAAGAGUCUGAAGGAGUCGGCGAUUGAGAUCCCGAGUCAGAAUGCUAUUACCGCGGAUAAUGUGACGUUGGAGUUGGAUGGCGUGUUGUAUACCAGGGUUUUUGAUGCUUUUAAGGCUAAUUACGGCGUCGAGGAUGCGGAAUACGCUAUUACCCAGCUUGCACAGACAACGAUGCGUUCCGAGAUCGGUCAGCUCACGCUUGACCACGUGCUGAAAGAGCGAACAACACUCAAUUCCAAUAUUACUCAGGCCAUUAACGAGGCGGCCAAGGAGUGGGGCGUUGUGUGCUUGCGUUAUGAAAUCCGGGAUAUCCACGCCCCCGAAGGAGUGGUCUCCGCUAUGCACCGCCAGGUCACUGCUGAGCGUUCGAAGCGUGCAGAGAUUCUCGACUCGGAGGGUCAACGCCAGAGCGCCAUAAACAUCGCAGAAGGCCACAAGCAGUCCAUCAUUCUUGAAUCCGAGGCGAAGCGUGCAGAGAAUAUUAACCAUGCUGCUGGUGAGGCUGAGGCGAUUAUGCUGAGGGCGCAGGCUACUGCUCGCGGAAUCGAGGCUGUUGCCAAGUCGAUUGAGCAGGGCAAGGAGAAUGCCCACGGGGCGGUCAGUCUUAGCGUUGCUGAGAAGUAUGUUGACGCAUUCUCGAAGUUGGCUCGUGAGGGUACAGCGGUCGUUGUGCCGGGGAAUGUCGGUGAUCUUGGUGGUAUGAUUGCCAACGCCAUGGCGGUGUAUGGCAAAGUCAACGAGGGUCAGGCAAAGUCGAUUGCUGCAAAGGCCAUUGGCGUGCAGGAGCAGGCGUCGAAUGAAGCCUCUCGCCAGAACCCGGAGCAGGACACUGCCGAUAUUCAACAAGAUGAUUUGUCGAAACAAUGAAAGGUGUGAACCUAGAGUGUAUUUUGGGAAAUGAAUUUUUUUUACCUUUUACUUCUUUCGUGUCGCUUAUAUCCCUACUUUACAACAUUGUGUUUAUUGUUUUACGGUUCUAAAAUAGCGUUUUCAGCCUGUACUCUUACGAUUGAUUCGCUUCAUGCUAUUUUAGAAGGGCGAAGAGCAUCUCAUCUCUGUUUGCUUAGGUUACUAGCAUGAUGUACAUAUGUACAAUCCGAAUGGGGAACUAUAUUUUUCUAGCAUGCCUUGUCUCGUAACUAUAUCAAUAAAGCAUUCUUUGAGAUGGCUAAAUACGCA